AUGAGACUAAGGGAAGGCCAUGGUAAUGUUGACAACACUUCAAAAUUGGAAGUUACUGAAACAAGGCUUCAGGAACUUAAAUCAAACAUGGCAGUGUUAGGCAAACAAGCUGUAGCAGCAAUGACUAUUGUCGAAGCUCAACAACAAAGGUUGGCCUUGCAGCGACUUAUUGUAAUGGUUGAAUCGGAAUGCAAUUACCAUCAGAAAAACCAUCAAAUCUUAGAUCAGCUUGUUGGACAGGCAACAAUUAACAAUAUUGUGAUGAAGCGCAAAACUGAUGCUUCUGGUUCAGGUGAAAGCUUAGAAUAUCAAGAGACAAGUGUUGUGACAUUACAACAACUCCCCCUUGUCACGGACGCUGAAGGUAAAUCGCACGAGGAGUUGCAGACGCUUCAAGAGAAGUAUUCUUCAUUUUGUAGACUAUUCAGCCACGAGAAUCUUGUGCAAGCAACAUCCAGCUUUUCUCAAGCUUUCCUCCUCCUGCUGCUGCUGCUACGGCUAGAACACUGCUACGGCGAGCCGAUGGCGUCAUAUGAGCAGUCGUCGAUGCUGAUUUCCGCCGGCGGGCAGCAUAAACGGCACCGCCGUUUGGGGUUACUGUUCCCGGAGUGGGUGGCGGCGGCCGACCGGAAGCUGCUGGCGGAUUCGGACGUGAAUCCGGAUCUCGUGGUGGCGCAGGAUGGCUCCGGCGACUACAGAUCCAUUGUAGAAGCCGUGGCGGCUGUGCCCAAGGAGAGGGGAGGAAGCACGACGAGGUUUGUGAUAUACGUGAAGGCCGGCGUCUACAAAGAGUACGUGGAGAUUCCUAGCUCGAUGGAGAAUUUAAUGAUGACCGGCGACGGGAUAGAUGCUACCGUGGUGACCGGGAACAGGAGCGUUAAAGAUGGCUACCGGACCUUCCAAACGCCCACCUUCGGUGUAUCGGGCAACGGAUUCAUCGCCCGCGACAUGACGUUCCAAAACACGGCCGGGCCGGAAAAGGAACAGGCGGUGGCACUCCUAUCCCAGUCCAACCAGUCCGUCUUCUACAGAUGCAGCUUCAAGGGUUACCAGGACACCCUCUACGUCCACUCCCAAACACAGUUCUACCGAAACUGCGACGUCUACGGAACCGUCGACUUCAUCUUCGGCAACGCCACUGUUGUCUUCCAGAACUGCAACCUCUGCGUUAGGCGACCAAUGAGCGGCCAGAAGAACACAGUGACGGCUCAGGGCAGGAACAGCUCGGACCAGACCACCGGCAUAUCGAUCCACAACUCCGUCGUGGCUGCAGCGUCGGACCUCGCGCCGGUGCAGGGGUUAUUCAAGACGUACCUCGGCCGACCGUGGGGGAACUAUUCGAGGACGGUGGUGAUGAAGACGGAGCUGGGGGACUUGAUCGACCCAGCGGGGUGGUUGGAGUGGGACGACCGCCCCGCGCCGGACACAUUGUACUAUGGGGAGUUCAUGAACACUGGCGCCGGCGCCGACACGAGUAGGAGGGUGACUUGGCCCGGUUAUCACGUGAUCAAUAACUCGUCUGAAGCUGAAAAAUUCACCGUCGGAAGCUUCUUGUCCGGCGACUCAUGGAUACCAGCCACCGGCGUUCCUUUCACGUCGGGCCUAUAA